AUGUACUCGGUCAAUCAGUGGAUUGACUACGACGGCCCCCCUGGCUUUGACUAUUUUACCCACGUGCUACAGCUUCUGCCAGACCUACAUGAGCAAGGUAGCGUACUCUUUGUGGAGACUCUCGCCUUGGUGGGCUUCUUCAUGCAAAACCUGAAUCGCAGAGAUGCUGCUUCCUUGUAUAUUGGGUCAGCACUACGCAUGGCUAUCACCCUUGGCCUACACCAAGAACCAACGGUCGCGGGCAUUGAAGAGGAGGCAAAGGAGCAUAGGCGCCGGGUCUGGUGGAGCGUGUACAGUCUAGACCGUAUUCACAGCGUCAAGUCUGGGAAUCCGAUCACCAUCCACGAUGAGGACAUUGGCGUCGAACUCCCUUCCAGACUCCCGAGUGAGCCAGAAUUCUGCCCCGCAGUCGUUCUGAGGCACUACACGAAGCUCUCCCAGAUAAACGGGCAAAUCAUGACCAGUAUCUACCGCCGAAAGCCGAAGUCGGGCACUAGCCUGAUGGCCGCCGUGCAACGCAUCAUCUUAGCUCUGUCCCGGUGGCAACAGGAGCUCCCCGAAGAACUUCGAUUCGAGCCAGCCAAACUCAGCACAAGCAGAGAGUCCGUGUCAACGUUGCUCUACUACUCACAGUGUAUCCAUAUGACGGCACGGCCACUGCUGUUUCAUGUUGUCCAGGCCCGCCUCAGGGGCGGCCUCGAAGACAAAGAAGCCAACUGGAGGAUCGGCCUCACACAGACCACGGUCAAAGUGAUUGACAUGUGCAUCUCCGCAGCCAAGGACACAAUCAAUAUGAUGACGAUAGCUGCCCAGAAGAACCUGGUCGCUACUUACGGCUACAUGGACUCGGAUUAUGCUUUCUCUGCCGCCAUAGUCCUCGUUAUGAUCUGUGUGGCGUUCCCGACCGACGAGCAGAACAACGGGUCUAUGAAAGCCGCCCUUGACCUGCUCCGAGGCAUUGCGCAUCGAGGAAACAGCCAUCUUGCUGCUCGGUAUCGUCUUCUGGCUCAUCUUAGGGCAACAUUCGUGCCUUUCGCCACGCCCACUCCGACUGGAGAGUCGAGACCCGGGCCAUCCCACGUUGGUGGCUUCGAUGUACCCUCUGCGCGUCACCUCACUCCAUCGGUCGACCACCCCAUGCCACAAGUGCUACCAGAUAGCAGGCAUAGAAGUGCACAAGAACCACAUUCAUCCCAACCUAACCCAACAGCCCAUUUGCCAAGCAUAACGACCAGUCAUUCGCAACAUGCUCAACCACUGCCUGAAACUUUCGACUUUACAUUGUUUAACAACGCAAGCCUGGCCGACGGGAUGUUUUACGACAUAGAUAUGGCGGGGACUGAUUAUGAUAAUAACCAGGAAUUCUGGGAGGAAGCCUUUGCGAAUAUCGCAGGUGAUUCUGGCAAUAGUCUCGUGGAGAGCCUAGAGUGGGGCCAGGCCGCAUUGGACCAUUAUGAAGGCAAUGUAGACAUGUAA